UAGUUUCAAGUUUUCAACUUUGAAGUUUAAACUAUUGCAAAAUCAAAAAGGGUGCAAAUAAUUGGGUGCACAGACAAAAUUGCUGAACAUUCGAGUAUCAGUAUUUAUAAUCAAGUAAUUCAAACCUAUAACUACAUUUACAACACUGCUUUUGUGAAUGUUUCUGGUUUCUAUUUUGGAUAACCCAAUUUGGGGAUAUUUUGUUUUGCAGAUAAAUUCAAAUUUCAGCCAAACUUUAAAUAAACAUACAGAAUUUCCCAAUCUCGUCUCUUGGACCAGCGUUUGUCCAAGAUCAUUCACAAGAAUAAAUUAAAACAAAGAAGUACAUAGAUCAAUAACUAAGCUUUAUCCAGUAUGAAUCUAAACAAGAAUUUACUGUGUUUAAAAUGGGACGACUUUGACAACUUUGUGGUUAGUGGUUUGUCAAAUCUGUAUCAAAAGGAUGACAUGUCCGACACGACCUUGUUUUGUGACGGGAGGUCUUUCAAGGCACACAAAGUUGUACUUUCAAUAUGGAGCAUUUAUUUCAGAGAAAUUUUUGCAACCACAACUCACGCGCACCCUGUAAUUGUUUUGAGAGAAACUACUUCAUCCGACCUUGAACUCAUCUUGCGAUUUAUCUAUCAGGGGCAGCUUUUCGUGCCAUUUGAAGAUACGGAAAGGUUUUUGAAGACUGCAGAGUACUUUCAAAUUGCAGGAUUAAGGGAUAUGCGUGUUCAUUUGUCGUCUUCUGAAAGAAAUCCAACAGGGAGUCUAACAGCAAAGUCAUUAAUCGGACCAAGUGGUUCUAAUAAUGUGGGGAUCUAUCCUUCGUCACUAUCUGGAAAUUCAGCACAGUCAUCGCUUUCACAGCAAUCAUUCUUGGAGCCACAACCUCCGUCGUAUGUAAUUCAAGGGGUUAACAGCAGCGCGAACACUACUGUUACUUCGUCAAUUGAUGGAAUUCCAGUCCAAAUUAUGUCGAGUUCGGGUUCUACUUCCAAUGCACCACCGGCGACGCAUACCGUUCACCCCAGUGCAGUCAAUCCGAACAAUAGUUCUGGUGUUAUGAGUAACAGUUCUUUACCUUCGACACAAUCCCCUUUCUCUACAAAUGUAAUUAAACCAAUUCCGAGUAGACAAACAAGUCGCCUACACCAUCAACCUGUUUUGUCUCCAUCAAAUAAUAUAACGCUUUCUGCUCCUCCUUUAAGUUAUAACAGCCACAAUUUGCCUAACCCAUGCAGUCGACAGGGUCAGGGAGGUCACGAAUUAAUGUACAACACUCAACCUAUUCUGAUUGUGCACAAUCAACAACAAAAACAAAAUGAGUACCAUCCGCAUCAUCAUGAAAGUUCUAAAGGAACAGUGGAAUCGUUGCGGUCGUCUGCGACUGAGCAGGUACAAGUUGUUUUUGAAAGAAUGAACAAUGGGUUAUCCCCUCAUCAUGUUGACAGAAAGAUUUCGUCUAUGCAACAUGAGACGGUAGUCGCAUCAGGCUUGAACGACUAUAAUUACAAUGGUCAGGUGCACCAGGAACAGGAGGAAGUACUUGGGCUGGCUUACUUGCAUGACAAUGAGAAUAAUUCAAGCAGCAGAACUUCUUCGAACCAUUCUCACUUAAUUCAUGAAGCUGCAAUGGCUGCCGGAGUGGCGACAGAAGAUACAGAAAUUAUAGAAAUUGAUGACCGUCCACCAAAUGAUAUCGUCUUGAAUGGGAAAAUAAUUAAUACUUCGUCUUCCGCUGUCCCUUCAACAUCUCCAGUUUAUGCUGUGAAACGUGUUCCUUCACACUCUCAGACUAACACUUUAACGAAUUCGGAUGCACCGAAAGCCUGUGCUAGUGGUUCAAAAGUAAAAGUAACUACAUCAACUGCCACAAGUAGUUUUAAUUCUAGUAAGGAUUCGAAAUCUAAAAAUCGGCGACGACAACCGAAAAUAUCUCCGGUGCAAAGUGCUGAAAUUGAAUUUGUAAAUUGUCCAAGAUGCGAUAAGCGAGUUAAAAAGUCGAGUCUCAAAGUACACAUUAAGCGAACUCACUUGGAAGACGGAAUAACACUAACUUGUCCAAUUUGUGGAAAACAAAUUAGCUCGAAAGGAGUCAUGUACAAACAUAUGUAUGCUCAUAGGCAAACCUCUCAACCCAAAAAAGAAUCUCGCACGUAACAACAACGCAUAACUUUUAUGUAGCCAAAGUGAAAUAAUCCAUGAAAUCCUAUUUUAAUUACGCAUUUUUUGUCGCAUUUCAUAGUUUGUAUAAUUUUGUUCGUAAAUCAUUCGUUGUCUUGCAUUCUUUGACGGCUUGUUUGUGCAAGUCUCUUCUGCGUUUUAGUUUAUUCUAAUAUUGUGUUCUUCUUUCUACAUAGUAUUUUACUGCGAAAUGUUAACUUUUAACCUUGUUAAUUAUACGUACUAUAUUAACAAAAUGACUUGUUUAAAAAAAGAGCAAAUAUAAUACAAAUUUAUAUUAUGCACAAUUUAA